AGAAUUUCUGACCUUGAAAGGAGUUGAACGUUAAAAGACAGGCGCCAUCUACGGUGCAUGCGUUAUGUAUUUGAGGUGGUGACAAUUUUCAGUCACUGAUGAGCAGCUAUGAUACAUUCCCAUUCAGGAGUAAUUAUCGGGUGUCCACUCUGCUUGGGUCGGGUGCAUAUGGACGCGUCUUCAAAGGAACUUCUAUGAAUGGUGCCACGGUGGCGUUGAAAGAGAUACUAAUACCGUCAAAUGAUGAGGGUAUACCUUUAAGCACUCUUCGAGAAAUUAGUGUUCUGAAGAAGGUACAAUCAUACAACUGUCCAUACCUUAUACAGCUGCUUGAUAUUUCACUGAAAAAAGAUCAAACCGGAAUAUCAAUCUACAUAGUCUUUGAAUAUGUCGAUUGUGAUUUGGCCCGAUUUCUUUCUAAUCAUGCACCCCAUACUGGUCUAUCUCCUGAAUCAAUCAAACACUUAUCUUGUCAAUUGCUUCGUGGCACAGACUUUCUCCACUCACAUCGUAUCAUUCAUCGUGAUUUGAAGCCAGCCAACAUUCUUAUCGAUAGAGAAACUUUACGACUUAAGAUAACUGAUUUCGGCUUAUCUCGUGUUCUAGGCUGGGAGUCUUCACUUACACCGGUUGUUGUAACAUUAUGGUAUCGAUCACCGGAGAUCUUAAUUCAGUCUGAAUAUUUAUCACCUUGUGAUAUAUGGGCUGCAGGAUGUAUUAUAGCUGAAUUAUUCAAUCUUCAGGCUCUUUUUCGUGCUGAUACAGAGAUAGAAAUGUUGAAGCUUAUAUUCAAAGUCAUCGGAGUUCCUCCUCAGUGUGAGUGGCCUACGCGAUCAUUUUUAAAACGGUCCAAUUUUGAGUCGAAUUCUCCAACUUGUCAGCUACAUUCAUGCAUUAAAACUAAAGACAGACAUGCACUUGAAUUGCUUGAAAUGAUGAUUAAAUUCGACCCAAGAAAAAGAAUUACAGCCUUCGAUGCUCUUUCGCUACCAUAUUUCCAAUGUGGUAACACCACCACCAUCACGAAUAUAUCUAAUCAGAAUAGCAUUCCACAUAAUGAAACUUUUCUAUGCAGACCAUUAUUUAAUAAUCCGCCUGCAACACAAACCAUUGGACUACAACUAUCAACGUGUUAUACAAUGAAUACUGUUUAUCCUAACCAAUCAUGUGCAGCUGCAUUGUCAUCGUAUUUACAGCAAACUAUUAAUGGUUAUAAUAAUAAUAAUAUGCCGUCGUCUGCAGUACAUUUACUACCUUGUAUUGCUGUUGGUGGUACCGGUGCCGCUGGCGUUGGCAGCAUUGGUUUCGACGAAGUUGAUGGUCGUAUUCUUCUCCCAGUUAAUAAUAAUAAUGACAAUAAUACUAAUAUACAAAGUUUACCAAAUAUAGUGAAUUUUACUUCUAAUCAUCUCAUAGGAGUUCAUAAUAAUGCCUUUACCAUAAAUCCAGGCAUUCCACCUUCAAGUAACUCUGACAUGCCUAUGAUCAAUAAUACUACCAAUGAGAUAUCAAUAUCACCAGAGAUAUCACUGUCUACAUCUACAACAACAACAUACACUGCAGUUACAAAUCUUCCAGAAGCAUUAUCAUCAUCAUCACCGCCGCCGCCGCCACCACCACUAAUACCACAACCGCCUAGACGACCAGUUACACGACAACAAACUAAAUCGAUUCGACGACAUACUACUCAGUCUACUCGAUCAUGCUUGACAGAAUUAAAUCAAACGACCAUUACCACUAGUAGUAGUAGUAGUAAUCCUGUGAAAAUUGAAUAUCAUAGUAUACAGAAAAGUCCUGCUCCAAUGCAGUCGGAAAAUAUACCUCCACAAAAUCCAGGUGGUGAUAGUAGUAGUAGUCGAGGGAGAACAAAUCCGACGAGUUGGGGUGGUGGUGGUGUGGUGGUUAGACAUAGGCGAACUGCUCGUCGUCGAACAGUUAUGGGUGUUGUAGAGAAAUCUAAUUGUUCAAAUAAAGGAAUUAAGAAGACUGAUGCAAUGAAUCACAAAACUGGUCGAAAGUCGAAAGAAAAUACUGUCUCACAGAUACCGGUGGCCCCAAAAGAGGUGGUGAAGAGUUCUGCUACCGAUAAUAAUAGUAUUAGCAGCGUUACUGAAUGUCUUCCAUAUGUCUCUCUUUGCCGAACAGAGAUUUCUUCAAAUCAGUCUACUACUCUUAGUGAUAGUAAUAAUAAUAGUAAUGCUAAUAGUAGUCGUGGAACAGCAACAAAUAUUUCUACAAAACCAAAUUAUCCUCGUGGUCGAAUUUCAGAACGUUGUCAAAAUGCUAUCAUCUCACAGGCGUCUGAUAAUCGUUAUCAUUCACACAUUCGACCAAGUAGUCGUUAUUCUCUUGGACCAUCAACCAUCUCAUCGCUUCAUUGUAUUCAUGAACAAGAAAAUACCUGUGUUAUCAAUGAAAAGAAAAAAACAUUGUCAACUGGUCGGUUAACUUCACAAACAAUUCGUUCUAGUCAACAACAGAUUGGAUAUGGUUCUUCGACAUCAUCAUUAGUGACAGCGGAGGGGGGAGCAGCGGCGAUGGCAGCAACACGAGGAUCGACAAAAAUUUCACGGCCUCCACCACCAAUACCAUCACAACCGCCAAAAUCCCUGUCAUCAUCAGCGUCGUCAUCCAUACCAGCAACAGUAUUUUGUUCCCCUCCGAAAUUGGUGCGUGUUGUCAAUCAUCAUCAUUACCAUGCCCAUGAACCAGAGUCCCCGUUUUUAAAAUCACUUAAUAGAAAAAAGACACUCCAACAGUCAUUAUUUCAUGAACACGAUAGCCUUAUCACUUAUGAAGAUGAGGCAGCGGCGACAACAGACGACGAUGAAGCAGCUGACUCAUGGAUUGAUGAUAUUGAAAAUCAACCAGCCAAUACAAGUCUUGGGAUAAAUACUGCAAUGACUGGUUUAGCGUUAGCUGGUUGUUGUAGUAGUAGCGCGGAUAGUAACAGUCAGAGUAACAGUAAUACUUCUAGUCAACAGAAGAAUACUGAGAGUAAUAAUAAUAAUCAUGAUAAUGUGGAUAGUACGAAUAAGACGACGGAUAACUGUUGGGACAACUGUAAUACACCUGUGGUAAUAAUGACAACAUCUCUUUCAACUGGUACAGAUUCUAUCCCCGUGGCAAUAUCGACUGACGCGUCUGGACAACGAAUACCAAAGAAUAAUGUCAGUGUUCAGUUAACUGCUAGCUCAAAUGGUAAUUAUUUUGUGUGACUCUCACUCUAGGUGUGUAGACAAGUGUACAGAUAGCAGCAUUUCUUGUCUUCUUUUUAUGUUUUUUUCCCCAUCUCAAACACGCUUCAGCAAGACUCGAAGUCGAAGGGUCCUACCUGCAUUUUGUCGAAAGACGUAUCUACCUUCAUUCCAAGCUUUUGUAUUACCAUUAUUAUUAUUACUACUACAAAUACUAUUGUGGUGAAAGCUUACCUCAAAAGAAGGCAUUUAUUAUUAUUUUUUUUUACUUGACUUAGAGUAUUUUUUGACGUCAAUUUUUUUAAUUACUACUAUUAUAAGUAGUAGAUGUGGGUAGUAUUUAUGUACUACUUAGCACUACUACUAGUGCUCAUUGCCAACAAACUGUUGGUCUUUGUCUGGGUCUUAUUUUUCUCUGUAUUUUGCCUCUUUUUUAUAUCACCUACUUUUUGUAUUUGACGAUUAAUUUAGUGCCUUUAUUCAUUUUUGUUGUUGGUAAUUGCUGCAUUUUUUUUCAAAAAAGUUAUUUAUAUUUAUUUAUCUCGGUGUCAAUCAAUAACCGCCGUGUGUAUUCAUUCCAAUUCAGGUUCUCAUUCCUAGGUGCCUUUACACGAAUAUUAUGAUUUCGAUUGUCUUGGUAUUUAGUUUUUCUCUGGGCUCAGAAAACUAUAUUUGUAUUUUCUUCAAUUAUUUCAGUAUUUUAUAUUCAUUAUCUUAUGCGUAUGUGUGUGUGUGUGUGUGGAGAGAGAGAGGAGGCGUCUACUAUUUCUUUCCAUUUCGCUUGAUAUUGAUGACAAGGAGCGCACGCAUUUGACGGUUAACGAAUGUGUGCGUUUGUGCGUGCAUACCUUGCUGCCCCGUUAUUCAUCACUCUGGUGGUGACUAUUGCAUUUAAAUCUCUGUAACGAUAAUCACUGUGUUGCCUUCUUCAUUCCUCAGUGCCUUUCAACGAUUUUUCUUUUACUUUUUAAUGUUUUCUCUCAUAUAUAUAUAUACUCGUUGUUGUGUCUUUGUGUAUGUAUGUAUGUGUGUGCGUGCGUGAUUGUGUGCAGUGAACUCACACAGCACCACACACACACACAGACUUUGCCCUCUCCCUUUUCAGGGUCGAAUUUUUCUUUCACCUUGAUGUUAAAUAGUGCAAAAAGCUGGUAGGGGGGAGGGUUGUGUAAGUGUCCAUUUUUAUCUGUGUGCUGUAUGUCUGUGCGUGGGUGUGUCCCUUGCUCAUUUCAUCACUGCGGGGGAGGGAGGGGCUGAGAAGGGGGCUAACUACUGCAUUUUCUAUUAAAACAUAAAUAAAUAACGCAAUAGAUCGCUGUGCUUCUUCAUUCUGCAUUUCUCGGUGCCUUUAGACGACUAGUAGUAUUACUUACUGCUUUGAUACUUCUUUUUUCUUUUACUACAUGUUUAUUUUUGAUAUUCAUUUUCGCGUAUGUGCGCGGCCUUUAAUUCCCUGUCUUCAUCACUCGAGGAGGGCCUCACAAGGGAGAGGAGGAGGGUCUGCUCCCAUUUUUGAAAACCAGAUAAAACAGACGUAUUAUUGCGCAUUUUUUUAAAAAAAAAUCUUUUGUUGUUUCUGUUAUUUUUGCUGUUGUCAAUGCAUAAUCGUGAUUACGGACAUUCUCUAAACUAUCUAUCUAUUUAUCUAUAUGUACGGUUCUACUUAUUUUCCCGCUUGAUAACAGUUGUAAAACAGAGGGGAAGGCACUUUGUGUGAAUAUAUUCAAUUCAUUAUUAUUAUUAUUAUCGUGAGUAAUAAUGUUAUAUAUAUAUGCUUGCAAAUUUUGCUGUAUAUGUCGUGUUUAUCUCAAUAUAUAUAUAUAUCUACUUA